GGCCAAGGAGGCCGAGCGCAAGGCAGAGGCGGAGCGGCUGGCCAAGGAGGCCGAGCGCAAGGCAGAGGCGGAGCGGUUGGCCAAGGAGGCCGAGCGCAAGGCAGAGGCGGAGCGGCUGGCCAAGGAGGCCGAGCGCAAGGCAGAGGCGGAGCGGCUGGCCAAGGAGGCCGAGCGCAAGGCAGAGGCGGAGCGGUUGGCCAAGGAGGCCGAGCGCAAGGCAGAGGCGGAGCGGCUGGCCAAGGAGGCCGAGCGCAAGGCAGAGGCGGAGCGGCUGGCCAAGGAGGCCGAGCGCAAGGCAGAGGCGGAGCGGUUGGCCAAGGAGGCCGAGCGCAAGGCAGAGGCGGAGCGGCUGGCCAAGGAGGCCGAGCGCAAGGCAGAGGCGGAGCGGUUGGCCAAGGAGGCCGAGCGCAAGGCAGAGGCGGAGCGGCUGGCCAAGGAGGCCGAGCGCAAGGCAGAGGCGGAGCGGUUGGCCAAGGAGGUCGAGCGCCAGGCAGAGGCGGAGCGGUUGGCCAAGGAGGUCGAGCGCAAGGCAGAGGAGGAGCGGCUGGCCAAGGAGGCCGAGCGCAAGGCAGAGGCGGCGCGCGUGGCUGAGGCAGAGCGCAAGGCCAAUGAUGAGGCCGAGCGGUUGGCCAAGGAUGCCACGAAGCAGGCUGAGCGCGAGGCAGAGGCGGCGCGCGUGGCGGAGGCUGAGCGGUUGGCCAAAGAGGAGGCCGGUCGCAAAGCAGAUGCGGAGCGCAAGGCAGAGGUUGAGCGGUUGGCCAAGGGGAAGGGCGAGCGCAAGGCGGAGGCCGAGAGGCUAGCAGAGGCGGAACGCGUGGCUGAGGCUGAGUGCUUGGCCACGGAGGAGACGGAGCGCGUGGCUCAGGCCGAACGCUUGGUCACGGAUGCCGAGCGGUUAUCAGAGGUGAAGCGCAAGACUGAAGCUGACCGCUUGGCCAAGGAGGAGGCCGAGCGCCAGGCGGAUGUCGAGCUCUUAGCUAAGGAGGCGGAACGCGUGGCUGAGUCCGAUUUGUCGGCCAAGGAGGAAGCCGAGCGGUUAGCAGAGGCGGAGCGAGUGGCGGAGGUGGGACGAUUGGCCAAGGAAGAGGCUGAGCGCGUUGCUGAGGCCGAGCGGUUGGCCAAAGAGGAUGGCGAUCGCCAGGCAGUGGCGGAGCGUGUGGCUAAAUCCGAGCGCUUGGCCAGGGAGGAGGCCGAGCGUGAGGCAGAGGCGGAGCGGUUGGCCAAUGAGGCCGAGCGCGUGGUCAGAGAGGAGGCUGAGCGCGUGGCGGAGGCCGAGCGGUUGGCCAAGGAGGAGGUCGAGCGCAAGGCUGAGGCUGAGCGCGUGGCGGAGGCCGAGCGCUUGGCCAAUGAGGAGGCCGAGGGCAAGGCGGAGGCGGAGCGCAAGGCUGAGGCCGAGCGCUUGGCCAAGGAGGAGACCGAGCGCGUGGCUGAGGCGGUGCGUGUGGCCGAGGAGGCCGAGCGAUUAGCAGAGGCGGAGCGUGUGGCUGAGGCUGAGCGGUUGGCCAAGGAUGUGGCCGAGCGCAAGGCAGAGGCGGAGCGUGUUGCCGCGGCCGAGCGGUCGGCCAAGGAGGUGGCCGAGCGCAGGGCGGAGACGGAGCGUGUUGCCGAGGCCGAGCGGUCGGCCAAGGAGGUGGCCGAGCGCAAGGCGGAGACGGAGCGUGUUGCCGAGGCCGAGCGGUCGGCCGAGGAGGUGGCCGAGCGCAAGGCGGAGGCGGAGCGCGUUGCUGAGGCCGAACGGUUGGCCAGAGAGGAGGCCGAGCGCAAUGUUAAGAACGAUGGCGUGGCUGAGGCCGCGCGCUCGGCAGAUGUCAAGAGCAGCCUUCAGGCGGAUCGCGCGGAGGAGGCCGAGUUCUUGGCCAAGGAGACACAGGGAGCUGCCGGCGUCGCUGUGGCUCAGGCACCACUUGGGACAUUGGAAGCAGCGGCGGCGCCAGCGUCAGCGGCGCGGGCCCUGGAGGCGGCCGAGGAAGACGCCUCCAGCAGAGCUGUGCCCGCCAGUGGCGCCGAGGCCGUGAAGGCGCCUCUCAGGGCGCCAGAGGCAGCACCGAAGGCGGUGGCCGAUGUGGCGCUGGCGUCGGCCGCGCGGGACCCAGCAGCUGCCGAGGCGGCCGAGGAGGAUGUCUCCAACGGAGCCGUGGCCGCUGGCAGCGUCGUUGCCCAGGAGCCAGAGGCGGAGGCGGCCGACGCAGCGAUCGCCCCAGACACAGCGGAGGGAACCGUGGCCAGCGGAGCUGUGGUCACCAGCGACGUCGUGGCUGAACAGGCGCUCCCUGUGACGCUGGAGGCAGCGUCGGCGCCAGCGCGGGCGACGCGGGCCCCAGUGGCGGCCGAUGAAGGCGCCCCCAGCGGCGUCGGAGCUGAUGCUGGCGCGCUGUCCGAGGAGGCACCCUGCGCGACGCCGGAGGCAGAGGAGGCGGCGGCCGGCUCGGCGUCCGCGCCGACGGCGCGGGCCCCUGACGCAGCCGAGGAGGCCCAGGCCAGCGGAGCUGCGGUCGAGGGCGGCGCCGUCGCCGAGGAGGUGUCCUCCAGGGCGCCAGCGACGGAGGCUCCGCGCGGGAGCGCCGCUGCGGCGGCGGGCGGCUCGGCGGGAGCCGCGGCCGCGGCCGCGGAGGAGUCGGAGUACGAGACGGACUCCGAAGACGAGGGGAGCCGCGCCAACCCAGAGCUUGGCUUGAAGCGGGCCGCAGAGGAGACCACCGACCCGUGGCAGCUGGCCAUCAUGUGGCUGGUCGGCGUCAUCAGGCACAGGCUGGAGGCCAAACCCGCCGCGGUCGUUGCGGCAGAGGCCAACGUGGCUGCGUGUAAGAAGAUAAGGCCGCUGCUGCCCCCAGGGGACCUGUCCGCGCAGGCGCUGGAGCCGGAGCACCUCGCCGACGGCCAGUUGCUUUGUGCUCUUGUCCUGGCCAUCAAGCCCGACGCCUUCCCGAAGGUUCUGCCAGUCACCCUUGGCAGGAUUGCCCAGUUCAUCAAGGCCUGCAAGGAUCUCGGCGUCCACCAGAACGACGUCUUCACCCCGCCAGAUCUCAUGCCCGAUACCACCGGGCGGGCGCCUCAGAACCCUGACGCCGUCCUGCGCUGCCUGCAGGCGCUGGCCGUCGCCGUGCAGGCCCGCGCCGACUGGGCGGGAAAGCCUGCCCUCGCGGGUGCCGCCGCCAAGGGGAAGGGCCGUGGCAUGGGCGCUGGCAGGAGAUGAGCAAGCGCUGCUCUUGCUUUCGAGAACUACGUCGUCUUGCGGUCAGAGGUCCAGAGCGAGGGUGCCGCCCGCGGUGGCGGCGGCGGUGGCGCAGGCGGCGUCGGCGCCGGCGCGGCGGCAGGCUGCGGAGAGGCGCCUUGCCCCGAGGAGGUCCUCUCGGUGGUGGUGUGCGGAUCCUGGUGGAGGGGAGCUGCUGGAUCAGGUCGGAGUGUUCGGUGCGAGAGGCGGCUGUGCUGCGCAGCGCGAUCGGGGCCCCGUCUGCGAAUCGCAAAAGCGUAGGCUGCAGUUGAGUUGUCCAGAUCUGGCGGAUUACAUGCCUGCUCUGGCGAUGGUGGCAAGUUGUGAUCCUCGAUGUACGUAUGAGGUGGUGCACAGG